AUGGACUUCACCAGGGAAGUCGUCGUCCCGGCGGCGCUGUCCGAGAUCCUCGGCCGGAUCUUUGCCUUCCUCUUCGACAGCUUCCCCCGGCCCUCUCCCGGCGACAGGGAGCUGCACCGGCGGCGGCUGGAGCGGCUGCUGGGUAACAUCGGCAGCAUGGUCGAGGAGGCCGAGGGCCGCCACAUCACCAACCAGCAGCUGCUUUCCCACCUCCAGGCGCUCACCGCGGGGAUGUACCGCGGCCGCUUCGCGCUCGAGGUGACCGACCUCGACGACGCCAGCAGGAACACCGUCGGCGACGACGACGACAACGUCGACAGUGACGACACUACAACUGACGCCGCCGCCAGUAACGCGGGCAAGAGAUCGUUCGCGCUCUGCCCGUCGUUCGAGAGGGCGAAGCGUUCCCGCGUGACGAGCCUGAUCUUGGGCGCCGGGGCCAGCGGCAGCGGCGGCGACGGGGGCACCGAGAGGCUGGCCGCCGUGGUCGAGGAGCUGGAGGGCCUGACGCGCGACUACAUGCGCGAGUUCAUCCUGCUGGUGCAAGGGUACCCGCGGAAGGUGCACCGGCCGGUGCGCACCACGCUGUACAUGGACCGGUGCGUGUUCGGGCGCCACGUGGAGAAGGAGCGCGUGGUGGACUUCCUGCUGCAGCGCGCGCCCAGCGGCCGGGCGCCGUACCUGAGCGUGCUCGCCGUGGUGGGCGCCAAGAAGGUGGGCAAGACGACGCUGGUGAAGCACGCGUGUGACGACGAGCGCGUGCGCGGCCACUUCGCGCGCAUCGAGUGGUUCGAGACGCCCGACGUGGUGCGUGCGGGCGGCUUGCCGGGGCAGUACAUGUGGGAGAGCGGCGGGCCGGAGUACCUCGCCGGCGUGCGCCGCAUCCUCGCCGAGCCGCGGUUCGCGGGGCCGUCCCCGUCCCUGCUCGUGUUUGAGGACGCCUGGCCCAUGGACGAGGCGGCGUGGGCCGCGCUGGCGUCGUCCCCAACCCCGCUCGGCGACGGGAGCAAGCUCCUGCUCACGUGCCGCGACGCCGACCUCGCCCGGCUCGGCACGGCGGACCCCGUGGUGCUGCACAAGCUGCAGCAGGAGGAGUACUGGUACUACUUCAAGGCGUUCGCGUUCGGCGGCGCCGACCCGCGGGACCACCCGCGGGUGGCGGCGGUGGCGCGGGAGAUCUCCGAGCACCUGGAGCGCACGUUCCUGGACGCGCGGGUGCUCGGCACGCUGCUCAGGGCCAACUUCGACGCCCGGUUCUGGCGGAGGGUGCUCGCCGCCAUCGUCAGCUGCGAGCGCCGCCCCAUGCACGUCGGCGUGCUGCUCGAGCUCCUGCCCGUGCGCGGCAGGCUGCAGUCGUACGGGUACUGCCGGAGCCCGCCAAAGUUCACCGUGCAGGACGUGCUCAGCGCGCGAGCGAGUGGUCAUGACGGUGGCUCGGGCUCGGAGGAAGGCUUCACCGUCCAUCUCUGCAGGGAGACGCUGUACAUGGAUCACUGGUACAGCAUCACCUUCAAGAACGAUGAUCGGGCGCCGACGCCGACGCCCGUUGUGACGACCUAG